AGUGUACACAGUCUUCUCGUAGAGCUGCACUUGCUUUUCUCCCUUUACCUCCACCAUCGUUGCAGAUCCCAUUAUGAGCGGUGAUAAAUAUUACAUUGGUGUCGACAUCGGCACAGGUUCAGCACGAGCUUCCCUCGUCCAGAGAGAUGGCACCGUCGUUGCCUCCUCAACCCAAGAUACCAUCACUUGGCGCGAUCAGGAGGAUCACCGUAUCUUUGAGCAAUCGACCAACGAUAUCUGGUCCAAGAUCUGUGUCGCCAUUAAAGAAGUGCUUUCUGAAUCCAAAGUCCCUGCAUCAGCAGUCAAAGGAGUUGGGUUUGAUGCCACCUGCUCUCUGGCCGUGUCCGACUUCCAGGGCAAUCCCGUUGUCGUGACAAAAGGUCAAGAUCUGGGCGACGUUGGCGAUCGAAACAUCAUCCUCUGGGCUGAUCACCGCGCCGAGAAGGAGGCAGAGCUUAUCAACUCGACCGGUUCGAUCGUCUUAAAUUAUGUUGGGGGUACGAUGAGCCUCGAAAUGGAGGUCCCGAAGAUCCUCUGGCUCAAGAAAAAUAUGAAACCCGAACACUUUUCUCGCUGCCAAUUUUUCGAUCUGCCUGAUUUCUUUACAUACAAAGCGACCGGGGACAACACCCGCUCGUUCUGCUCCACGACAUGCAAAUGCUCCUUCGUACCAGACAAGGGAUGGCAGGAAGAUUUCUUCACCAAGAUCGGACUGGCUGAGCUAGUCGACGGAGGGAACUACUCCCAGAUGGGUGCUGCCAAGGGGAAAGUCCAAACGGCGGGAUCACCUGUCGGACACGGCUUGUCGAAGAAGGCCGCUGAAGAGCUUGGUCUUGUUGAAGGUACCGCGGUAGGCAGUGGUUUGAUUGAUGCAUAUGCGGGUUGGAUGGGCACAGUAGCAGCUAGGUACAAGGAAAACGGACAGCUCUCUAGCGUGCUGCCUUCGUUAGAUGAAUCUCGUCACCGUUUGGCCGCCGUAGCUGGUACGAGCACUUGUCAUCUAGUACAGAGUCCAGAAGGCGUGUUUGUAAACGGUGUGUGGGGACCUUAUAGGGAUGCAACGUUCCCUGGAUGGUGGAUGAAUGAAGGUGGACAGUCAUCCACUGGACAGCUCAUCGAUUUCAUUAUCACCACCCACGUUGCUUAUCCCGAGCUCAAGGAACGCGCAGAGAAAGAGAACACCAACAUUCAUCAGGUGCUUCUUGACACCCUGGAGAGGUUGAAAGUAGAAAACCACGCAGAAACUCUAACAGAGUUGACAAAGGACAUUCACUUCUACCCGGAUUUCCAUGGUAAUCGGUCGCCAAUCGCCGAUUCGCGCAUGAGAGGUUCCAUCGUGGGCUUGGAGCUCGACAGCGGCCUUUCCGAUCUCGCGCGUAAAUACUACCUGACGCUAGAAGCCAUCGCACUGCAGACCCGCCAUAUCGUCGACGAGAUGAACGCCAAGGGUCACACGAUCCGCUCGAUCUACAUGUCUGGCGGACAAGCGAAGAACAUCCCGAUGAUGCAGCUGUUCGCUGAUACGUGCGGCAUGCCCGUCGUCCUUCCGUUCUCGCACUCUGCUGCUGUCGUUCUCGGCGCUGCGAUGCUUGGCCGAAUUGCGGCGGAUGCGGAGAAAGUGUCGAGGGAUAAGCAGGGUGAGGAGAUGUGGAAGAUCAUGGUUGAGAUGACCCCUGCUGGUACAUUGAUUGCACCUGCGGCCUCUCCCAAAGUCAAGAAACUCCUCGACGCCAAGUAUAAGAUAUUCAGGGAAACCAUCGACAUCCAGAAGCGGUGGAGAAAGCAGAUGGAAGAUGCUGCGAAAUAGUCAAUAACGCAUCAGGGCACUAUAGAAUUUACCAAUAGAACUGUACAUUAUGAUGCUUAGACGGAAAGAUCACAAACAACAAUUUUUUCUUGGUUUCAUUGCAU